AUGCCUCCAUUUCGCAAUCUUCUUGGCCGCAAGGCCCAGCCUAGUGGUGCAGAUGCCGACGGCUUCGACGAGAACCAUUUAUCACCCAAUUCGCGCCCGGCUCCAAUCACGAUGCGCCAGAGCUGUGACGACCAACGGCCCCCAGAGUAUCAAUUAAGUGUCGUCAAUGACAGCGGCGUCUAUCUUCCGCCCUCUCCUCCCGAAAAGCAGAGCUUCUGGCACCGGUAUCCCGGCUCAACACGAUCAUCAAACCAUCACCGUGACCUGGUCGAUGAGAAUGAGCCUUUCUCAAUAUCUCGCGAGUCCUUCGACUCCUACCGGCGCUCAUUUGACAUCUCCGCCCGUUCCCCAGUGAUACACCCCGAUGCCGCCCCCUCCCGAAGCUCAUUCGACUCCCGCUUCUCCCGCAUCAACUCCCCCACCAUGCAAUGCAGCAGCCGCGAUAGGCCCAAUCCUACAGAAGACGACGCCUUUGAGGACGUCGGGCUGAAUGAUGAGACCAAACCCAAGAAGAAGGGCCUCUUCGCCCGCUUUGGUGAUUCCUCGAACGACGGGCAUCAGCCUGGCUCCAAGUCGUCCACCUCCUUUGGGUUCCACAUUCCUGGCAGGAAGCGCGGCCAGAGCGGGGGAAGCUCGGAACUGAGCGCGAUGAAGAUGCCCUCUCCCGUCGUGAUAGCGACUUCGGAGAGCGACAGUUAA